AUGCCCUGUCUCGAGAUUGGAGAUCCAACACCAUCCCCGCAUACGCGUGGUGGUCACUGCCUAGUACUUGCGAUUGGCCCCCGCACUUUCCAAGAGCAUCGGUCAGAUGAGAGGCGGAGCUCCUCGCGAGACCUGGCAUCUUUUCAAAACAUCUCCUCUGCUCGAUGUCUGCAAUGGAAAAGAAAAGAUGGGUCAUGCUUGGUAGGGAAACAAACCCCUCUUUUCCCACCGGCAACUAACUGUGAGAUGACAGAGAACAACCCUGAUGUGAUGAACCAGCUGGCAGCAACAUUGGGUCUGUCGUCCGAUCUCGAAUUCUACGACGUCUACUCUCUCGACGAUCCUGAGCUCCUCGCUCAUAUUCCCCGGCCUGCGCUGGCUCUGCUGGUCAUCAUCCCACUCACGCCAGCCUGGGAUCAGAGUCGCCAGGCCGAAGACGCGGACAAGGAAGACUACACCGGCUCCGGCCCCGACGAGCCGGUUAUCUGGUUCAAGCAAACCAUCGGUCAUGCGUGCGGCUCGAUUGGCCUGCUGCACAGCCUCAUCAACGGUCCAGCUAUGGACUUUAUCAAACCUGGAUCGGAUCUCGCGGACAUCAGAGCCGUGCCAUACCGCUCAACAUGGCUAGACGUGCCGAUAUGCUGUAUAAUAGCGACCCGUUCGAGCGUGCUCACAAGUCGGUCGAGCAGGCCGGCGACAGCAGGGUUGAUUUUAACGGGCGAGGUCGAGGGAGGCCAUUUUGUUAGCUUUUUUCAAGACGGGUGGGAAGCUCUGGGAGCUAGAAGGAUCGAGAAAGGGCCCUCUGGACAGAGGCAGUCUCGCUGA